AAAACUCGCAUCCAUCGCGUAGCCAGGAUUCGAUCUAUCCGUCAGUCCAUGGCUACCUUCCUUUCUGUCUCCAACUUCCUCUCCUUCCUCUCGCCCUCAAACCCACCUCCUAAAACCUCACCUCAACUCUCAUUCUCUUCUCCACCAACUCAAUUUUUAUCUCAAAAGUCGAAGGAUAAGUUUAUUCCACUGGUGGCCCAAGAGGGUCACUCCGGUUCUUUAUCCGCUGAAUUGUCCUCGGUUAUCUGCCCAUCUCUUGCAUAUGCGAAUAUCCUUUUCUUCAAAUCGGCUUACAAUGUGCAGGUUAUUGUGGAUGAUAAUGAGCCUGAAGAGAGGCUGUUAAAUAGGUUCAGAAGAGAGGUCAUGAGGGCUGGUGUCAUUCAAGAAUGUAGGAGGAGGAGAUUCUUUGAGAACAAACAAGACGAGAAGAAACGCAAGUCCCGUGAAGCCGCUAAGCGUAACAAGAAAAGGCGCCUCCAAUCAAGACCUACAAUGCAAAACAAGCAGGAAAUAUCCGCAAGCAAGAAGGAUAAAGAUGACGAAGAUAAUUGGGAGAUGCCUGUAGGAGACCUUUCUUAUUAAACAUUUCACCUUGUUUAUGUUAAUAGAAUGCCCUAGAGUAUAUUUUGAAAGUUGUAUCUUGUAAACAUUUAUUCCCUUUCAAUGACAUGUAUAUUUUCUUUUAAUAUAAA